AUGUCUAGGUUCAAUGUUGUGUUUUAUAUUAAAGGGUGUUUUGUAAAAGACCAAGACAUUAGGUAUGAGGGUGGGUAUGUACUUGGAUUCAGCAACCAACACACAGAUUAUUGGUCAUUUUUUGAAGCCUGUGACUUAGUGAAAACCAUAAAGCCUGAUUUUGAUGAUACAAAGGUUAAGAUGUGGUGGAAACCCGAGAAUGGAAAUUUUGAUGUAGAUUUACUAGCAUUUAGAGAUGAUGCAGAUGUUGUUGAAUUAUCAGCCAUAGUGUUUGAUAAGAAAUGUAACGUUGAGAUAUACUGUGAGCCAAAACCUGAGGGUGGGGUGAGUUCCUUUAUGGAUAUGAUUAAGUGGAAGGGAAAUGGUGUACUGGAUGAUGAAUCAAGUGAUGAGUCAGUUAGGGAUGUCCAUUUUGAUGAUAGUGAGGAGGAAAUGAUGAAGGAUUUUGAAGAGGAGAUGAUUGGUGUAGAUGCUGAGCCUACAAAACAAAAUGUGCCUUGUGGGUCAAGUAGGCAAUGUGCGAAGGUUUUUGUAACAGAAGAAUUGGGUAAGCAACAUGUCAUUGAAGACGAAUACAUGACUGAUGAGUUGGACAGUGGAGCUGAAGAUGAUAGUUCUGAUGAGAGGCCUUGUGUUAUAAGGUUCAAUGAAGAAGAUAAGUUGGGCAAAGAAUAUGUGUUCAAAGUAGGAAUGGAGUUUCGUUCCUUGAGACAAUUUAAGGAUACAAUACUUGAGCAUAAUGUGUUAAAUGGUAGGGACAUCAAGUUUGAGAAAAAUGACUCAAAUAGAUGUAGAGUGGUUUGCAAGGAUAAUAAAAAAUGUAACUACAAAAUUUUGUGUAGUAGAGUGUUAUCUACUGCAACUUUUAGGAUUAAAACACUCUUUGAUAAACACAAGUGUGGAAGACAAUUUUUUAACAAAAGUGCUAAGGCUGAAUGGGUUGCUAAGGUUAUUGUUGAUGGGCUUAAGAACAUUAGUAAGAUGAAACUAAAUGAGGUAGUGGCAGAUAUUAGAUCAAGGUAUUCCACAGAAAUUCCAGGAUGCAGGGCCUUUAAGGCUAGACAAAUUGCUAGACAAAUAGUUGAGGGUGAUUCAAGUAAGCAAUUUAGCAUGUUGUGGUCUUAUGGUGCUGAAUUGAAGAGGGCUUCAGCAAGCAAUACUUUCAAAAUCAACACAGCUGCUCUAGCUCCAGGUUUGAGACCAAGAUUUGAAAGGUGUUAUCUUUGCUUUGAUGGGACCAAGAAAGCUUUGACAAAAACAUGUAGGCCCUUUAUUGGCUUGGAUGGAUGCCAUUUGAAACAUAGGUAUGGUGGAAUUAUGUUGAUUGCUGUGGGAAGAGAUCCUAAUGAUCAGUAUCUUCCAGUUGCUUUUGCUGUAGUUGAGAGUGAGACAAAAGACACAUGGAGUUGGUUUAUGAAGUUACUAAUAGAGGACAUUGGAGAUGGCAGAUGGUGUUUCAUAUCUGAUCAACAAAAGGGCCUGGUGCAAGUAUUUGAAGAAGAGUACCCAUCUUAUGAACACAAAUUCUGUUUGAGACACCUAUAUGCAAACUUCAAAAAAAGGUUUGGAGGAGGUACAUUGUUCAGAGAUUUGAUGAUGGCAGCUGCUAAGGCUACCUAUUUUGAGGCACAUGAAGCAAAGAUGCUAAUGAUCAAGGAGGCAAAAUUGGAAGCUUAUGAAUGGUUAGAGGCAAUUCCCAAGAACAAAUGGUGUAAGCAUGCUUUCCCCUUUUUCUCAAAAUGUGAUGUCUUGAUGAACAAUUUAGUGAGUCUUUUAAUGCCAUCAUAUUACUUCAAAGGGACAAGCCAAUAAUUACAAUGCUAGAGUGGAUUAGGAAUUAUAUGAUGGGUAGGUUUGCAACCCUUAGAGAAAAAGUGGAAGGAUAUAAGGAACAAAUAAUGUCCAAACCAUUGAAAAGGCU